AGCGCUAACCCAGCAGUGCUUAGGAAAGACAGAUAGAGUCAGGCAGCGGCAAGGGGUGGCUGUACGACCCUCUUUUGGGGGGGUCUGAUUAUUACAAAAAAAUAUACACACAUAUAUGCAUGCCCCGGCCGCAAGAUAGGUCAUAUGACGAUAAUAGUUAUUUUAGAAAGCAUAUAGCUAUAUAUCUAUACAUUUAAGAUGCCUAUUUUACUUUUCCUGAUAGACACGUCCGCUUCUAUGAAUCAGCGCACUUAUUUGGGUACGACGUAUCUGGACAUUGCUAAAGGCGCGGUUGAGAUCUUUAUGAAGCUGCGUGCCCGAGACCCGGCUAGUAGAGGCGACAGGUACAUGCUAGUUACAUUCGAUGAUCCACCAUACGGAGUUAAGGCGGGCUGGAAAGAGAACCAUGCCACAUUUAUGAGUGAACUGAAGAACCUGCAGGCGUCUGGACUGACCACUCUGGGUCACGCUCUCCGCGCGGCCUUUGACCUACUCAACCUAAACCGCCUUGUCUCCAUCGACAACUAUGGACAGGGCCGUAACCCGUUCUUUCUGGAGCCGUCGGUGAUCAUCACCAUCACGGAUGGGAACAAGCUGACUCACACCUCUGGGGUGCCGGAUGAGCUCCACCUGCCCCUGACCUCUCCACUGCCAGGCAGUGAGCUGACCAAGGAGCCAUUCCGGUGGGACCAGCGUCUCUUCGCCCUGGUGCUGCGUCUCCCUGGGGCAGCCACGCCCGACAGCGAGCAGCUGGGCAGCGUCCCCAACGACGAGUCUGCCAUCACCCAGAUGUGUGAGGUCACUGGAGGUCGGUCAUACUGUGUACGGACUCAGAGGAUGCUGAACCAGUGUCUGGACUCUCUGGUCCAGAAGGUUCUGAGUGGUGUCGUCAUUAACUUUGAAAAGACAGGGCCAGAUCCGCCUCUGGUAGGCGAAGAUGGUAUGGUUGACCCGAGCCGGCCCGUGUUGUCCUUCAGCCCACAGCCCUGGCACAGCUGCCACAAGCUCAUCUACGUGCGACCCAACCCCAAGACAGGGGUGCCUGUAGGCCACUGGCCCAUCCCUGAGUCCUUCUGGCCGGACCAGAACUCCCCCGCUCUGCCUCCUCGCUCUGCUCACCCCAUGGUGCGUUUCACCUGUGUGGACUGUGAGCCCAUGGUGAUUGACAAGCUACCCUUUGACAAGUACGAACUGGAGCCCUCGCCACUCACCCAGUACAUCCUGGAGAGGAAGUCUCCACACAUGUGCUGGCAGGUCUUUGUGAACAGUAGUGGAAAGCACAGUGACCUAGCCCAGCCCUUUGGGUACCUGAAGGCCAGCACCACUCUCUCCUGUGUCAACCUCUUUGUUAUGCCUUACAACUACCCAGUUUGUUUUGCCACUCCUGAUGACCUGUUUAAAGUGCACAAACUGAAGCCAAACCUAAAGUGGCGGCAGGCCUUUGAGAUCUACCUGAAGACCAUGCCUCCUUACUUUCUCUUGCCAUUGAAGAAGGCACUGAGAAUGAUGGGAGCGCCCAACCUCAUCUCCGACAACAUGGACUGUGGCCUCAGCUACAGUGUCAUCUCCUACCUAAAGAAGCUUAGCCAGCAGGCAAAGAUGGAGUCGGAUCGCCUGAUCGUGUCUGUAGGGAAGAAGGCUCCCCAAGAGACUGGGAUAAAGGUGAAGAACCACUCCAACACCCUGUCCCUGGCCCACCGCAAAGACUUCAAGCAGCUGCUGCAGGGUAUCACCGGAGAGAUGUCCCUCCGCCUUGCAGACAUCAACUUCAAGGAGUUUGCCGGCUUUCAGAUUGCACUGCUCAACAAGGAUCUAAAGCCUCAGGCGUAUCGGAACGCCUAUGACAUCCCAAGACGGAACCUUCUGGAUCAGCUGACACGGAUGCGCUCCAACCUUCUGAGGACUACUCAGAAACUUAUCAGAGGACAAGAUGAAGACUACCUUCACAGUAUACCCAUGGUUCAGAUGGGCAACUAUCAGGAGUAUCUAAAGAUGAUGCCGUCUCCUCUGAGAGAGAUCGACCCUGACCAACCCAAACGCCUGCACACCUUCGGCAACCCAUUCAAACAGGACAAGAAGGGGAUGAUGAUUGAUGAGGCAGAUGAGUUUGUAACGGGUCCCCAAAGCAAGAAGAGAGGCAUUACGGGGGACCCCAACUCGGGGGCUGCUCUGAAGAGAAGGCGGAGUAUGUCCCCUUUAUUGCGUCGGCCCCAGACUCCACCAAUCAUCACCAACCAUGUAGUGGGGAAGGGGUCCAAUGGGAACGGGGCCCAGGGCCAGGAUGGCAUCAUCAAGCCCAUCCCACUGCACAAAGGAGCAGUGGGGAACAACGUGCUGGGCACAGAGAGUAACGGGGAGGGGGGUGUGGGGCCUGAAUCAGGGGACGGCUGGCCUGGAAUGGUGGUGGACGGUGUGGGAGGGGGCACAAAUGCACUCAUCCUGGAGGAGAGAGAGAGUGAGAGGCCUGGGAUGUGUGCGGGGGACAGUGGGGAGGACAGUGGCGUGGAGGAGGACAGGUUGGGGGAGGGUGGCCUGGAUGAGCGGCCCCCCUCAGAGAGACAGCAGCAAAGCUGUGAGGGGGACCAGGAGGGAGAGCUGGAGGGAGAUGAAAAUGGAGCAGACCAAGCUGAGCCUGAGGCGGUCACCAUAGCCCCACUAGAUGGCAGCAAUGCUGAGCUGCGCACACGGGUCAUCAAGGAGGUCCGCAAACCUGGCCGCAACUAUGAGACCAUAUUCAGGGCUGCUGAGGAGGUGAAGGGGUCUGUGACGGUCCAGAGGUACUUCAUCCAUCACGCGAUCAAGGAGGCUGCCAGGUUUAAGAAGCGGGUGCUGAUCCAGCAGUUGGAGACAGCUCUGGAGUUGAUUGAGGAGAAGGAGCUGCAGCUCCCUGCUGUCCGCCUUUACAACGACCAUGGUAGAUAGUGAAGAAGUGGCCUGCAGAGGUCCCUGCUCAGAAACACAAAGACAUGUACAGGAACAGGGUACUCUCCUUCACAAGACAUGUACAGGAACAGGGUACUCUCCUUCACAAGACAUGUACAGGAACAGGGUACUCUCCUUCACAAGACAUGGA